AAUAAUGGCGGGCAUUUCGAGUGGGGAGAUACUUUCGUUAGAAGAAGUCUUACGAAUAGGAGAAAAUUCCGUUGGAAAAUCAGUCAGAACUUGGGGAAGAAUUGUAUCCCACGAUAUUCGAUGUAGUCAGGCUAGAAUUAAAGACAACAGCAAGGAAAUAACGAUAGAUACAACUUUUGUGGAGCCUCUUGCGUUCACCAAGGGAUCAAUGUAUAACUUUAUUGGAGAGAUCAUUUCAUUGCCUGGGAUUCCUGUGGCGAUUAAGGCAAGAAUAGCGACUUGCAUCGAUGGAAUGGAUAUUMAUCUCUUUAAGCAAGCUUUAGAUAUUAGAAGACGUUUUCUGCAGGAAGAGCCAACCUCUACUUCAUAAUUACAGAAGUAAUAUUUGUGUAUUUAAAUUGGGCAGUAUUUAAAAACAUUGCUAAAUUUUGUUUGUUAUAAGCAGCAUUCAUUGCAACAUUGUAUUUUCAAAUUUUCAUUUGUAUUUUAAGAACUUGA